CAUCAGCUCGCCGAGCAGUCAUUAUGCACGGACUGAAGCACCUAUUAGAGUUCCCAACCCUCUCGCUGUCUUGUGUAGUGUGUAAAGAAACUACAGCGCUGAGAGAAUCUGGUUGGAUAUUCGCCGCCAAACAAAAGGACACUUGUUAAAACUCAUUCCGCUUUAUUCUGAAGAGUCAACAUUGAUUUCCAGCUUGGAUGUAGCGGCGGUCUUCCCACGGCGAACGUCGCUUGUUUUGAGGAGCACAAAGUUUUGGGACACUUGAAAAAGAUUUGUUUGUAGAUAACCGUUAUCUACUUCACGCGCAGUGUUAAUACGGACGAGCGCGCGCAGAGCGGACACUCUUCACAUGCUGAGCCAUGGAGACGAUGACUUCAGCAAAACUUCACACCUGCCUUUCAAUAUUCACAUUUCUGUGCUGUAUCUCAGGUGACCUGGCCCAACUUCAGCUGCCUCAGACAAAUGUAGAAGUAAUCCAAGGGAAGAGGGUAGUGCUGCAGGCUUCUUACACUGGUCCAGAGAUUCAGAAAAGUACAGUGAUCUGGAACUAUGUGUCCAGCAGCACAGAAAUGAUCAUUUCAUAUGUCGGCGGAGUCUUUAGUUAUAGCAAUUCCCGGUUUGCAGGUCGAGUCGGUUUUAUUCAUAAUAUGACCAACAACAACCUGUCCCUGUACAUUAACAACGCCAGAGCAUCAGACUCGGGGAAGUACAUGUGCCAGGUCAUCAUUCCAGCAGGCCCAGCAGACACCAAAGAGAUCAUCCUUAAUGUUAAAGUCCCUCCUUCAGUGCCAGUUUGUCAAGUUAAAGGAAAGCCUGUUCUUAAAGGGAACAUCACUCUGGCUUGUAACUCUAAAGAUGGUAAACCGACACCAGGAUACAAGUGGACCAAAACCAGCCCCAGCUCAGAGAUCUUCUUCCCUCCCGCACAAAAUGAAACAGCAGGAACUUUAAAACUGAACAACCUGAGCAGUAAUAUAUCGGGGAAAUACAUGUGCACUGCAUCCAACUCUGCAGGAACGGAGACGUGCUACAUCAACCUGGAAGUCGUCACAUCAACUAAUGCAGGGAUGAUCGCUGGUGUUACGGUUGGUUGUAUUUUGGCUCUCAUCCUGAUCAUUCUUUUCUUCGUCUUCAUGUGGACAAGACGGAAAGACACAGAGGAGGAUUUGGCCAAUGAUAUCAAUUUUUUUGUGUAUUACAGAGAGGAUGCUCAGGCUCCCAAACGCAUCUCAUGGGCCAAGAGUGGUACUGGAUCUGACAUCAUCUCUAAAAACGGCACCCUGUCCUCCAUUCACACCGGCUCUUACCCACGAGACACUCAGAACCACCACCAUUACCCUCACUCUGACACGGCAUCCAUCCUCACGGCCACGGGGGGCAGCAUAAGCGGCUACCGCUCGCAGCCUCCAGCAGACGCCACACUGGAGCGCACAUUGCCUGGCUACAACACCAACCCAACCCUGCCUCGUGGACCUUCAAGACCCCCCAGCACCAGUGGAGGCUCCCAGCACUCCUCAAUGCCACGGCCAGCUUCCGCCCAGCCUCAGAUUCCACGUCCGCCCAUGCUGCCCACCACCGUAACUACUGCCAACAUCUCCCGCAUGGGAGGGGUACCCAUUAUGGUGCCGGCGCAAAACCAGGCUGGCUCUCUGGUGUAGAACCAAAUGUUUCUGCUCAACCCCUGAAGGGACAGAGAGAUUAAGACAUCACGUCUGCGGUCCCACGAACGGAAGUACAUUGGAAAGGAUUGAAUGGAACCGAUAAGCAUAUUGCCUUUGUAUGGAAACCGUAUGAUGUAAUUUUCCAUUUUUUAUUUUGUGUGCGUGUAUAUAUAUAUAUAUAUGAUUUUUUUUUUAGCAAAUAUAUGUAAAGAUGCUCAGUUGAUUGUUUUAUAGUUUUUACUAUUCAAAGUAUUACAGAAAAGCCCCUUAUCUCUAUAAAGUGGGACUUGUUACAUGGUAAACAAAAAGACACUAAGCUGGAGCUAUUCACUUUUUUCUCUUAAUUUUAUUUGUUCUUUUUUGUUGUUACUGCUUUACUGAUUGUUCUUUUGCAAUCUAAAGAUGCUAACUUGCCUUGGUAAAAAUGAAUAAUUGUUUACAUAUGUUUAAUGCAGAUCAAAUCAUUCAACCUUAUUUUGCAAUGUGGAAGUAAGAUAUUUUAAUGGCUGCAACCCAGUCUUGUGUUAAACUGAAGGUGGAUAGCAUACGUUUCAUAAAAGCAUCUGUUAAAGGGAAUGUCAAGGACAUCACUUAAAAUCUGGCAUCAAGUUGCUAUAUUUGCCUUUAAAUGUUUUUUGGCCAAAUAUUUAGAAAUCUGUGUUGUUAUCUCUUAGAGAAGUGUGGUAGUUUUUCAAUUUAGAAGUGAAUUUGGCAGUGGCUUAAUUUAUAUGGUGUUUUUGUACCCAAUAAUGAUGAUAUUUGAAAUAUAUUGUAUUAAACGUAAACUAUAACUAUAAACAUUCCUUUCCCUUACUGUAAAUAAGGUAUUUAUUUCUCAUUCAAGAUGUGUGGUCAUAAUUUCACAGCAAAUAAGUUCAAGAUUUUUCUGAAACACUGGAUAGAAAAACAAAUAGUUCCUGUUUGAUGAUUGUUGAUGUGGGGCAAAAUAGUUUUCAUUGUCAUUCCUAUCAGCAUUGUUCCAGAGUACUGCUAAUGCUACUUCAGUUAGAGCUGACAAAUUCCUAACAAAACGAAUGGUUUCUUAAGAAAAUGACAGGCAAACAGGCUGCAGAUGUAGGUCAUAAGAGUAAAAGAAAUGAAAUGCACCAGGGAAACAUUAACUCAAAAUGGAUUUAUUUUCUCAAUGCACGUCACUGGUUUUACUCAGAAAUGUGUCAUAUUACAGAAGCAAAAUGGGUUCCAAAUGGCAGUUCAUGGUCCCUUUAAGUAUACCAGACCUUAAAAUAAAUCUCAAUCUGUAAGUAUUCCAAAUCACAUUUUUUUACCACCUUUUUAAUAAAUGCUUUAUAAACAACUGCUGUAUUUUUAAGUAUGUUGUAUUGUAUGUAUUCAACAGUGCUAUUGACUGUUUUUCAAACACAUUCUAUUUGACUUUAUUUCAUUGUAAAAUGUUUUAUUGCCUAUACCCAUCUCAGUCUUUUUGUCAUCUACAGACUGGACAACCUCAAACUGUUCUCUAUAGGACAUUUAUUGUAUAGACAUAAAAAAAAAAACCAUUAUGUUUUCAGUUUUUUCUUUUUUUUUAAGAAACUGACUGUAAAAAUGCAAUCUUUUAAUUUACGAUGAAAUAUAAUAGGCCUAGUAGUAAUGUCCAAAAUUUAGCAUCACAUAUAUUUCUGUUGUCAUUUCAUAUAUUUUGUAUGAUGUUUAACAUAUCAUGUAUUUUGUUUUUGUUUAGUUUUUAACUUUAUUUUUUACUUUUAUUUUUAUGCUAAUGCUUACUAAUGAGUAAAUUAAUGCACAAUAAAAUGAGCGGUGGGUGCGCAU